UUCAACAGUUGGCAACGCGAUGGUCUGAAGAACUGCAAACCACUCAAAUGAUAUAAACUAAUAGUUUAGUUAUUCGUGAAUGGCGCACUGCCUCAAUACAACAACAAGGGUGUCCCGACAAAAUUGUGAAAAUAGUGCACCACAGAGCGAACAGCUGAUGCAGUAUUUAUCGCCCUAAUCAAAAUAAGCAACAAGCAAGAAGGCCAUAAACCAAAACAACCCCUCAAGCGGCACACAUGAAUCAAAACGAUGAUGAUCGACAACAGUUACUCAAUGACAAUGAUGAUGAUGAGAUUUUGGGCGGCGGCGGUUGUGGCUUUGUGGCCGCCGUAAUGCCCAGCGAUGGCGAAUAUGAGGAUCGAUCGGAUUGCUUGAACCAUUUGCCAGAGUUGUGCGCCGAAGAGCCGGAUCAAAAAAUACAAUUGACCUAUGCACCCGCAGAGGGGGCUACGUUCAUAUUCUUUGUGUUCUACCUAUUGGGCAUUGGCACCAUGACGCCCUGGAACUUUUUCGUUACAGCAGAGGAUUACUGGAAGUACAAAUUUCGCAAUACCACGCUGAAUGAGACGGACACCCUAGACGAGCUGACGCCCCUACAGAAGAGCUUCACAUGCGAUUUGACGCUGACUGCAACCAUUUCCGGCACCACUUUCCUUAUACUGAACGCUGUCUACGGCAAGCAUGUCUCCUUGGGCGUCAAAUUACUGGGCACGCUCACAGCCAUACUGGUACUGUUUGGUAUUACGACUGCCUUUGUGGAGAUCAACACGGAUAAUUGGCAGGAGCAGUUCUUUCUCAUAACGCUCAUAAUUGUCGUCAUUCUGAAUAUAAGCGCUGCUACCAUGUCUGGGGGCUUGUACGGCAUAGCCGGUUUGUUUCCCUCCGAAUAUAUGACUGCUGUGGUCAGCGGCCAAGCCUUAGGAGGCAUAAUCACCGCUCUGGCCUUCAUACUUGUGCUGGCGUUGGACACGGAACCCAAAACGACUGCAUUCAUAUUUUUCAUAUUGGGAAUCGUGCUCAUCUCGUUCUGCAUUGUUUGCUACAUUAUUAUGGUACGGCAGCCGUACUUCAAUUAUUACCUGAACGGGGGCGAUCAGUACAAAAUAAUAAAAGCAGCGCCCUCGCAUAGUCGUGAGGAGGAUAUAGGCGUGCCUUUGGAGCCGAUAAUGAGCCAUGUGCUUGGAAAGAUAUUUAUGCAGACCAUUACCCUGGCGCUGUUGUAUGCGACAACCCUUUCGGUGUAUCCGGCCGUCACAAUUUUGAUGCAGUCGGAGCAUUAUGGCAGCAAAAGCGCGUGGAGCGACAUUUACUACAUGCCCGUGGUAAAUUACUUGUUCUUCAAUUGUGGCGAUUACUUUGGACGUCUGCUGGCAGGCUGGUGGGAUAAACCCACAAAUCGGCACACCACAUUUCUAUUUACCAUUGUGCGUGUCCUGUUUGUACCUUUCUUCUUGUGCUCUAACUCUAGUGAGCAUUACUUUUUACCCAUUCUGAUAAAGCAUGACGCCGCAUUUAUCUCUAUGAUGAUAGUCUUUGGAUUGUCCAACGGCUACCUUACUAAUAACCUGCUCAUCAUGGUGCCAAGACGCGUCAAGCAACACGAAAAGGAGCUGGCGUCCUCAAUAAUGGCUGCCUCAUUGAGCUGUGGCAUGGUCCUCGGCUCCUUGCUCAGCAUGGCGUUUGUUCAAAUGCUGUGACAAUCGAAGCAAAGACUCUACUGCAAUCUGACUGCAAAAUUUAAUGGUGCCUUCAAAUAUUCUGCAAGUGUUUUGUCUAACAAUUAUUUAGCGAAAAUUGUUUGUGUCAGUUGAAAUUGUUUGGGCAUUAAGUUUUUAUAUGAUUUCUAUAACCGGAGCUCCACGUGUGCUCUCGUGUUUGCGCUAUCAAGUGAAAAGUGUUGUGAUCUUUUGUGAUUAUAACAAUUCUAAUGCUCCAAAUUGCCAAUCUAUAAAUCGUUUUAUGUAAACGUAUGUUUUAAGUAAUGAUAAGUUUUAAAUUGAUAAAGUGUGUAAUAUAAAGGGGAAUGUUUUAUGCAGCUAAAUAAUGUAAGUCUUUUUCUCAAUUGUGUAUUUAUGAUGGUUAACUUUUAUUUUAAUCAGUUUUCUUGAUCACAACAACAAUGUGGAUUAAUUUGCAUUAAAUUUAGUUUUAUUUUA